AUGGUCGUCGUAUCGUCCCUGUAUUCCAACCCCGCUGUGGGUGUCUGCCAAGUCAGCUCCUUGGUUUUCAACCUGUUCUUUGAGAACUUCAAGACGUUUGGUGCGCUUGCCGUGUGCCAAGCUGUGGCGCAUCUUCCGGUAUUGAUUUUCUUUGCCAGUUUCUAUGUAGCCGCCUUUGGCGCGGAGACGCAAUCAUUAGUUGAAAGUCUGAGCGGUGAUGUCCGACGAUUCUUGUACGAAAGUCAACAGCCCUACAGCAAUGACCAAGGAAGCGGUGACAAGAACAGUUUGGACCACUCGUCGAGCACUGCAUACGACUUUUCGACCGACGCCGUGGACAUGACGGAUCCUAAAAAGCUUUUGGGCCUCCUGACUGCCGUGAUUGGACUUUACGUGGCAUUUCUUGUCGCGACUAUUUGCAUUACAGCGGCGUUUCAAGGUGCUUUUGUGCGUGCAGCAAGUGAAAUCUUUGCCGGUCGUUCUCCUCAUUGGAUGACAUGUUUGAGAAUUGGAUGGAAGAAGAUGUGCUCUAUUAUUGGUUUUGGUCUCUGCUAUCUCCUCGUCUUGGCAGUCACAGCUGUGAUCUGGUUUUCAGCCACUAUCCUCACGACAAUCAACAAAGAGACUGGUAUGCCCAAUGCGGGGAUGACUUUCCUGUCCGUCGUGGCCUUUAUUGGUCUCUCGGUUUAUUUCACCUGCUCCAUGACGGGGGCACCCACCGCCAUGAUCGUGGAAAACAAAGGAAUCGUGGCGUCCAUGAAACGCUCUUGGCAACUCUGCAGAUCCAGCAUUUGCUUCAUCCUUUGCAGCACCCUUGUCUUUUACUUGCUUGAAGCCGUGGGGCGCAUUGCGAUCAGGAAGGCGCUCCAGCUGUUCUUCAUUGGAUCCAGCGCAGCUACCAUGGCUGUCAUCAUGGGUUUGUCGUCUGUGAUAGUUUCUCUGCUUAUUGGUCCUCUCAAUGCCAUUCUCAAUCCGGUGUUGUAUUUCUCACUCCGCAUCCGAAACGAGGAGCUCACCAUUGAAGCGUUGCAGGCGGAACUGGAGCUGAACCAAUCCAUUGAACUGCGAAGCGGGCAAGGGGAUGGUGUGUAUCGAAAAGUUGAUAUGCACGAUAACGAUGACAGCAUGGCCAAGAUUCCCGUGAUUUCUGCCGUUUGA